UCCAGCAUUGUUUCGCUAUCUCACCGAGUCCGCGUUAAGGGACCUAGCGAGGUACCUAGUCAGAAGAAGAAGGGGAUGAAGAAGACGUAGGAUAGAUACAAUGGAUGGCAAAGCAGAAUUCUCAUUCGAAGGAAUUGUGGCGGCGUCCACCACCAACGGAUUGACCUCCAGUGCCUCGUGUGACUGCUGCGGCCACAAGCCGAAGAGUCUUUGUUGUGACUGGGCGGACAUGGCACGCGAGCUUAGAUACGUUAGGACCCUUGUGCUUGGUUCGUGCUCUGCGGCACUUGGGCGAUCCCGAACCAUUCUGCUGGUAACAAGCCAGCAGAUCCAGGGGCUGCAAGCCCGCUCAUCAGUUUGUGACCUGCCUGUUCUGGACAGGUGUAGGGCAGGACCUGGGGGAGCUUGUCGAGGGGGCGUCGCAAGGGUGCUGUAGCGUGCGCAUCGAGACAGAUCUGGUAAUUCGAGAGUACCUGAUCAAAGAUCCAAUUGUCAGCAUCAAAGUUGGCGAAAAUCAAGGUAUAAGCAAUUCCAUUGACAAGCAUUUGGUGA